AUGGGUGUGGUGGAGGCACGCGUGAGGAGCUUCAGGAUGAAGGAGAUCGAGUAUGGAGGAGAUGAAGGACAAGGGCGUCUGCAACGUCCAAAAGGGAUCGGAGAGGAAGAGAGAGGAAGAGAAGAGAGGAAGAGAGAAAAGAAGGAAGAGACGAAAACGAAAACGCACUCGAGGAGGAGUGUAGGAAAGCAAGGGAUUUGUUACCUUGGUGGAUUGGAGAUUCGGCGCGAUGUGUCGAUUAGCGUCAUUCGUUUAGAUAGGAAGGCAGAGCGGCUGCGUAGCAAAAUGGGUGGUGUGGAUGGCUUUGGAAAAGUGUCAGGUAGAAGAGAAGACAUAAAAUGUGAAUACAGAAUCUAA